GAGAUACACCAAGUCAGCCAUUUAUGAGUGGCCGGCCACGUCACCAAACUAAUAACCGGGUCAAGGAUAAGAUAAAGACGUUUCCAAACAAGGCCCUACCGUGAUGCGACCUUCAAGUAAACGCUCGUUCUUUGCGAUUCCUCCGCUUACCAUAUAAAUAGAUAAAAAAGUCCAUCAUUGACAGUUACGAUCGUCUCUCUUCUCCAACGCUUCCGAUCUCUUCUUUCGUUUCUGUAUUUUGAGUUAGCGAUGAAGCCAGGAGGAUCAGGAUUGAAUCCGAACGCAGCAGCUUACGUACCAAUCUCCAAAAGAGACGGUGAUUCUGCAAAGCCUGCUGCAUCUGAGAAGCAGAUGAGUGAUGAGGAUUUGGAGAUGGACGUGGACAUUGAGUUCCUUUUAGCCACGUUCUCUGACUUGUCAUAUGAGUCUAUCAGUGAUGUGUACUUGGCUAACAAUGGUGAUCUGGAUGCUACUAUCGAAAUGCUGACUCAGCUCGAGAUUUUCAGUAAUGAAGCUGAGGAAUACCUUCCAGACACACUUGACAUUGGUGAUGUACCUGAAACCAUCAAGCCUUCUACUUCAUCAGCUCCAAAGCAGACGAAUGCAAGUGCAUCAACAUCCUCCCGUGCCCCAAACGCUCCCUCUUCCUGAUUUGAUGAGUCUUUAAAUUUGAAGUUUUAUAAAACAUUCGUGUAAAGGAUGAUUAUAUGAUAUGAGGUUGAUGGGUUAUCUUAGGAGAUCUCUUUUCUAUAUUUUCCUGCCCCGAUGCUUUGUUACAUUGGAGAAAAAGAGAGAGUACAAUGUAUAGAUUUUUUGAAAAUAUCAAGUAUGAGUGUUGAGAAUUGGGAUUGUUCUUAUGGUGGACAAAGCUAUUAAUCAUUAACCUCU